UCACCCAAUGUUUUGAUGUUUGUCUUUACAGAAGUAAGAGAGGUGUUCGACUUAUUUGAUUUCUGGGAUGGUCGUGAUGGAGAUGUCGAUGCUUACAAAGUGGGGGAUCUGCUCCGGUGUUUGGGAAUGAACCCAACAAAUGCACAGAUUCACAAGCAUGGCGGUACCAAGAAGAUGGGUGAGAAAUCUUACAAACUGGAAGAAAUCUUGCCAAUCUAUGAAGAAAUGAGCUUGGAAAAAGAUAAGGGUACAAACGCAGACUUUAUGGAGGCAUUCAAAACCUUUGACAGAGAGGGUCAAGGUUUCAUCUCAUCGGCAGAAAUGAGAAAUGUACUUAUGUCCUUGGGAGAGAAAAUCACUGAUGCACAAAUGACUGAAAUCACUCAGUUCUGUGAUAUCAGAGAAGACAUCGAUGGCAACAUCAAAUAUGAAGAAUUCAUUAAGAGAGUUAUGUCUGGUCCUUUCCCUGAUGGUGAGAAAUAACUUUAAAAUGUUUUGUCUCUAAACCCAAAACAUUAAAAAAAAAACAAAAAAAAAAAAACAUUUAAAAAUCAACAACAAGAUCAAGCAAAAUAAAGUCACAGUAUCCACCACCACCACCACUACCACCGCCGCCGCUACCACUUUCUAUACAAUUACCACCACCGCUGCUGCCACUACUACUACUACCACCACUACCACUAACAUAUACGAUAGUAUCUACAAUGCCAUCUGUCUAUCGUACUGGGAUUCCCUGAAGUCCCAGAAUGUUACAGUCGAAGAAGACGAGUCGUGGGAGAAGAGAGAAGAAAUAACGUGAUGAGGUUUGAAGAUACAACACGUCAACUUUAUGUAGAAGCACCUCCCACGAUAUAACAUAGUAAAAUAAUAAGGGAAAGCUAGUGAUAUGCCACCUGGGAUGAAAAGCUUAAUAACAACAAUGAAUAUCCAGUUGUUCAUUUUCCCUCUUCCUCCUCUGUAACAUCAUUGUGUAUAUGUAUAUAUAUGUAUAUGUAUAUAUAGUGAGGAAGAAGGGAGUAUUUUAAUACUGUACCAAAAGCUACCAAUAUUUCCCAGUUAAGUCUUUUGUUCUAUGAUAUUCAUGCCAGUGUUUAAUGGAAGAUCGAGGCAAUCAAAUGAGUUGGAUUUUCGUUUUGAAAUGGUGAAAUAACAGCAUUUGCCGAGGAAAGUGAAAUCAAGAAGAUCUGACAUCUACACCUUUGUUUAAAUGGAGGUAUUUCAAGACUAUCACAUUUGUCUUCUUCGUAUAUAGUGGCUGGAACAAUAGUAAGAACACGAAUAUCUAAUCAUUUCUAUAUAAUACCAACCAAUAAGUGCCUUCACUAUCGGAUGUUUUCUCAAGGAUCAAAUUGUACCAACAACUAUGAUAAUAAUAUUAAUAACAACAACAGCAACAACAACAGCAAUAGAAAUAAUCUUGGUAACACUUAUGAAAACUUGAUCUGCAGCAUUUUCACUGUACUUCAGUCACGCCAACCAUCAAUAGCAACAACAAUAACAACAAAUAUUAUUAUAUACGACUACAACAACAUCAAUCAAUGUAACAUCCGCUACCACUACAAUAGCCUUCACUGUUGGUUAUUUUUCAUCGUGGAUACAUACGAAUAUAGUUUUCUUGUGAUUUAUUAUUUAUUUGUGACGUGGGAAAGGAAUGAAAAUAAGAAAACAGACAAGGAAAAACCGGAAUAAAAUAAAAGAAACAUGGCUGCCAGAGACAUGCGCAGAUCACGGCGGACAUAUUUAACAACACUGUUCGUUUUGAUGAUUGAGAGACAGAAUGUUUUAAGACCUUUUACAACAAUAGAAGAAAGACGCUCUUUCUUUCGUCGAGUGAAUCUA